GGGAUGUGGGGAAGGGAGGGAGGGAGCCUCAUGCUCAGAUCUGGUUUCGCUGCUGCUUCCCGGUGGCUGGCUGCCAUGGGCUGAGACACCAGCUGUGCUAUAUAAGGGCCGUGGCUGGACUGCUGGAGAGGUGGAGAAGUCUUGCACCCCCAGCUGAGAAUCUUGCUCAGGACACGAAAGGAGACAUCUUUCCUUUCCUUCUGCACUGGACUUAGUGAUCGAAGAUCAUUGGCUCUAUGAAACAACCCUGGGGAAGCACAGGUCCAACUCUGUGAAGCAGCAUCACCCAUCUGUGACCUUUCUUCCGGGCUUGAGGGAGAAAUGGCUGCAACCAAGACCUGGGUGCUCUCUUUCCUGGUCCUGGAAGUCACCACUGUGCUGGGGAGACAGAUGAUGCUUCCCCAGUCACUGAGAAGAGCCCAGCCUGUGAAGAGGACCCCUAAAGCCUCUGCCAAGCCUGUUGACUUGCAGGACAGUCCUGGUGAGUGGACAACUUGGUUUAACAUCGACCACCCCGGGGGCCAGGGUGACUAUGAGCGCCUGGAUGCCAUUCGCUUCUACUAUGGGGAGCGUGUGUGUGGCCGGCCCCUGCGGCUAGAGGCCCGGACCACUGACUGGAUGCCUGCCAGCAGCACUGGCCAGGUGGUCCACGGCAGUCCCCGGGAGGGCUUCUGGUGCCUCAACAGGGAGCAGAGACCGGGCCAGAACUGCUCCAAUUAUACCGUGCGCUUCCUCUGCCCACCAGGGUCCUUGCGACGAGACACAGAGCAUAUCUGGAGUCCCUGGUCUCCCUGGAGCAAGUGUUCGGCCGCCUGUGGCCAUACCGGGGUCCAGACCCGGACCCGCACCUGCUUGGCGCAGGCAGUGUCGCUGUGCAGCGAGGCCACUGAGGAGGGCCAGCUCUGUGUGAGCCAGCCGUGCACAGCUUGUGACAUGACCUGCCCCAUGGGCCAGGUGAAUGCUGACUGUGAUGCCUGCAUGUGCGAGGACUUCAUGCUUCAUGGGGCCAUCUCUCUCCCCGGAGGCGCCCCGGCUCCAGGGGCCACUGUCUACCUGCUGGCCAAGGCACCAAAGAUGCUGACCCGGACAGACAGCAGUGGGAGGUUCCGAGUUCCUGGCUUGUGUCCUGAUGGCAAAAGCGUCCUGAAAAUCACCAAGACCAAGUUUGCCCCAAUUAUGCUCACCAUGCUGAAGACUAGCCUGAAGUCAGCCACCAUCAAUGCAGAGUUUGUGAGGGCAGAGACUCCAUACAUUGUAAUGAACCCUGAGCUGAAAGCACGGCGGGCUGGGCAGAGUGUGGCUCUGUGCUGCAAGGCCACAGGGAAACCCAGUCCGGACAAGUACUUCUGGUACCACAACAACACAUUGCUGGACCCCUCCCUAUACAAGCACGAGAGCAAGCUGGUGCUGAGGAGCCUGCAGCAGGACCAGGCAGGGGAGUACUUCUGUAAGGCACAGAGCGAUGCUGGGGCUGUCAAGUCCAAGGUCACCCAGCUCACCGUCAUUGCACAUGACGAGGCUCCUUGCAACCCAACUCCAGAGAGCUACCUUAUUCGGCUGCCCCACGAUUGCUUCCAGAACGCCACCAACUCCUUCUACUAUGACGUGGGCCGCUGCCCGAUCAAGACCUGUGCAGGGCAGCAAGACAGUGGGAUCCGGUGCCGGGAUGCCGUGCAGAACUGCUGUGGCAUUUCCAGAACGGAGGAGAGGGAGAUCCGGUGCGGCGGGUACACUCUGCCCACCAAGGUGGCGGUGGAGUGCAGCUGCCUGCGGUGCACGGAGACGCGGAGCAUCGUCCGGGGGCGCGUUAGCGCCGCCGACAACGGGGAGCCCAUGCGCUUCGGCCACGUGUACCUGGGGAAUAACCGAGUGAGCAUGACCGGCUACAAGGGCACGUUCACCCUCCACGUCCCCCCGGACACGGAGAGGCUGGUGCUCACGUUUGUGGACAGGCUGCACAAGUUUGUCAAUACUACCAAAGUGCUGCCCUUCAACCGGAAGGGGAGCGCAGUGUUCCACGAGAUCAAGGCGCUCCGGCAGAAGGAGCCCAUCACGCUGGAAGCCACGGAAACCAACAUCAUCCCCCUGGGAGAGGUGGCUGGUGAGGACCCUGUGGCUGAGCUGGAGAUUCCACCCAGAAGUUUCUAUCGGCAGAAUGGGGAGCUCUUCACAGGAAAGGUGAAGGCCAGCGUGACCUUCCUGGACCCCCGGAAUGUCUCCACGGCCACAGCGGCCCAGAGCGACCUGAGCUUCAUCAAUGACGAAGGUGACACCUUUCCCCUUAGGACAUACGGUAUGUUCUCAGUGGACUUCAGAGAUGAGGCCACUUCGGAGUCACUGAACGCUGGCAAGGUGAAGGUCCACCUUGACUCGAGCCAGGUCAAGAUGCCCCAGCAUGUGCCAGCCAUGAAGCUCUGGUCACUCAACCCGGACACAGGACUGUGGGAAGAGGAAGGCGAUUUCAAAUUGGAAAGCCAAAGGAGGAGCAAGAGGGAAGAGAGGACCUUCCUGGUAGGCAACAUGGAGAUCCGCGAGAGAAGGCUCUUUAACCUGGACGUCCCUGAGAGCCGGAGGUGCUUCAUCAAGGUGCGGACCUACCGGAGCGAGAGGUUCCUGCCCAGUGAGCAAAUCCAGGGGGUUGUAGUCUCGGCGAUCAACCUGGAGCCCAGAACCGGCUUCUCCUCUAACCCCAGGGCCUGGGGCCGGUUUGACAGCGUCAUCACAGGCCCCAACGGGGCCUGCCUGCCUGCCUUCUGUGAUGACCAGUCUCCUGACGCCUACUCCGUCUACGUCCUGGCGAGCCUUUCUGGGGAAGAGCUAGAGGCAGUCGAGUCUUCUCCUAAAUUCAACCCGAACGCAAUCGGCGUCCCUCAGCCCUACCUCAGCAGACUUAAGUACCGCCGGACGGACCACGAGGAUCCGCGGGUUAAAAAGACGGCUUUCCAAAUCAGUAUGGCCAAGCCACGGCCCAACUCGGCCGAGGAGAGCAACGGGCCGGUCUACGCCUUUGAGAACCUGCGGGCCUGCGAGGAGGCGCCGCCCAGCGCGGCCCACUUCCGGUUCUAUCAGGUCGAGGGCGAUCGCUACGACUACAACACCGUUCCCUUCAACGAGGAUGACCCCAUGAGCUGGACUGAAGACUACCUGGCUUGGUGGCCCAAGCCAAUGGAGUUCAGGGCCUGCUACAUCAAGGUGAAGAUCGUGGGGCCGCUGGAGGUUAACGUGCGGUCCCGCAACAUGGGGGGCACCCACCGGCAGACCGUGGGGAGGCUCUACGGGAUCCGGGAUGUGAGGAGUACUCGCGACAGAGACCAGCCUCACGUCUCGUCUGCCUGCCUAGAGUUCAAGUGCAGCGGGAUGCUGUACGACCAAGACCGCGUGGACCGCACGUUAGUGAAGGUCAUCCCCCAGGGCAGCUGCCACCGAGCCAGUGUUAACUCCAUGCUGCACGAGUAUUUGGUCAACCACCUUCCGCUGGCAGUCAACAACGACUCCAGCGAGUACACCAUGCUGGCCCCCCUGGACCCCCUGGGCCACAAUUACGGAAUCUACACUGUCACUGACCAGGACCCUCGUACAGCUAAGGAGAUCGCGCUGGGCCGCUGCUUCGACGGCUCUUCGGAUGGCUCCUCCAGAAUCAUGAAGAGCAAUGUGGGAGUCGCCUUGACCUUUAACUGUGCAGAGAGGCAGGUAGGUCGCCAGAGUGCCUUCCAGUACCUCCAAAGCACACCAGUCCGGUCCCCAGCUACAGGGUCUGUCCAAGGGAGAGCGCCCUCCGCGAGGCAACAGCGGGCGAGCAGAGGUGGCCAGCGCCGGCGUGGAGCUGGCCCCCCUGAGAUUUCCUGCUGUCGCUCAACAACCUCUGAGCAACUAAGUCUUGUGGUUCUUCGUCGUCCUCUCUGUCCACCUCACGUGAGACUGGUGCACAAACUGUCACUUGUUAAUUUAAGCACAUCUGUUUUGGUGCAGUUUGCUUCUUCGUGCCUUUACUUACCGUCUCUGUCUUGUGACACGGAUUGGCACGGGGCCCCCAAGAUAAAAAAAAAAAGGUCCCCUUUUAAAAAGAAACAAAACGAAUCGGUAAAGGUCUGCAGCGUUGGCCGCUCUUUUUGCUGUGAUUGAAAACACACUUCUUUCUGUAUGUUCUUUCCAGCCUCUACUCUAAUGAUAAUCCAAUACCGAGGAGCAAAUGAACAAUAUAAAGCAUAUGUCUAGGCCAUGUCCUACAAGAUGUAAGCAAAGCCUCUGUCACAGGUCAUACAUAUAAAUGGUGGUGAAAUAGGAAAUAAACAAUAUUUUUACUUGAA